AUGGCCCUGCGCACGUCAGCCGAGAACGCCGAAGACGUCGCCGCCGGCUUUCAGGCGUUCCGCGUCCCUCUCCCAGAGCACAAGACCGAGAUCACCCGCCUCAUCUCGGAUCUGUAUGGCCUCAGCGCGUCGUUUACCACCAUCGAUGCAUUGAUCAAGGAUCCGCGCUAUAAGCGCGGCUUCGCCCGCGCCCAUGCAGACAUUGAAUUGGUGCGCGGUAGCUUGAAGUACACAUGUCAGGAUGUCUUUGAUUUCUUUGGCCAGCUCGAUAGCGGGAAUGUUCCAACCGAGCAGUAUAGGCGCACCUGGGUUGCUAUGAACCGCUUCUUCUGGGAUGAAUCGCAAUAUUCGCUCACAACCCGGCUGGCAAAGUAUAAAUCCUUCCUAGGGGAGAUAACCGAUGUGGUGCAAAACAAAGAACCAAAUCUUUCACUCCUGUCCAGAUCUAGGAAUAGCCUUAAGACCCUGCUGGCCACGCAGGAUCAGCGACUGGCGCCCCGACUGGAACGUAUGAAUCUCGGCCGCAACCCGUCCUCCAGCGACACCAAUACAGAACCAAGGAGUCCAGCCAGUGACCGUAGACCGCGCGCUCGUCGAUCGUACGAGCGCCCUCGCCCGCCGGGUUCCUUACCGCAGUCACCUGCAUCCGGCACCUUUGAUGUUCCACCGCAAGCCCCUGAUGCGCCGAGCUCGCCAUUGACAGGGUCGACGACGGCAACAACCACUACGACCAGCCAGUCGGCCAAUGAUGCGAUCAAGUACCACUGGGCAAAGGAAGUCUUCUCAAGCCCUGACACAGAUACACCUAUUCCUGCCCCGGAAUCCCGAUCGGAAUGUUACGGAAAAUCUGACCCGGGAAUUAAACAAUGGCUUCGAGAGGCAGGCUUUCAAGAAGUCCUCCAAUUAGCCUUCGCUGACGGUAACGACAUGCGCGUGGCCUUUCAUCUACGUCCAAACGACCACCGUGCUCGCAUGCUCUGCAAAACUCCGCACCGCAGCCGUCCGAGCGAGUACUCCUGCAUACCACUCAACAUGCUGGAGAUUGCUCGAGACGGCUCGUGCCUGCAACUAUGUCGCAGACGACGCCAGGGGACUGAACUUGUGAUGUGGGCAAAUCUUAGUUUUACAAACAUCGAAAUCUUAUUCUACGUCACUUUUCUCGCGCUUCGCUCCCAGGAUGCGGGGAGGCCGGUCGAAUAUAUUCGAGACUAUGAGUUGAAUGAAGAAGGGGAGAUUUACGGAGGACAAAUUAUCGACGACGGCUUUCCGCAUGCCCUGCGCGUAUAUCAGGAUACGGUAACCGGGGCUGUGAGAUUGCAGGCAUCUGUUCACCGGGGAGAACUAAAACGCACACCCGUCUGGACAGCCUUCAUAACAUCCUACCUUGGGACCUCGGGCUGGCUCCGCCGCACAGGCCCAGAGAAAGUUCUAAUUCGCGACCUGAGACCUGCCAUCUUGAUGUCUGCAGAUGACUAUAAUGCACCGCAAACGCCUCGGGGAGGGUUUAUCUUGACGUUUCUGACCUCGGAUGAUGCCGACGGGUUUCUGGAUACGAUAGCGGAACUAGCUGCGCUGACUAUUGUCAGAUGA